AUGGCCAGCGGAGCGGCGGCCGAAGGGGAGCGGCGGCGAGCGGCUCCCGGGCGCUGGCGGAGCGGGUCCCGGCGCACGUCAGGCAGGGUCCAGGGAGCGAGGCGGGCCCGGCCGCGGUCCCCGCGCCGCCAGGAGGGGCCCACCCGCAGCCGGGGCUCGGCGCCGGGAUCCGAGGCGAUAGAGCAGCGGGUGGGGCACCGCGGCAGCCGCACCCGUCCCUCCCCGGAACCCCUCGGCACGAAACUGCCGGCGGCCCCCCGCCGCCCGGCGCAGGUGCUGCUGAGGGGAGCCGACGCGGCGCCUUACCUGGUGCGGCCACGGCUGAGGCCGAGCACGGGCUGGGGCCGGCGGCGGCCGUGGAACCGCCGCCCUCCCGCGGACACGCCUCGCGCCCCGCCCCGCUCGCCAGCACCGCCCCCGGCCCGCCCCGGGCUGGGCUCGGGGCCGGGCGGCAGCGGCGGGACGGGCCCGGGGCGAGGCCGCCCGCGGCGUCGCCUCCGGGGCGCUGCGGCGUCCGGGGCUCUCUGCGCUCGGGCCGGGGGAGCUGUGAGGGGCGGAGAGCGGCCCCCGGGCCCGGACACAGGAUUUACGGGUACCCCGCUUGCCACGCACAAACAAAACACACCCGACGCGCAAGGACAGCGCUGGGCCUCCUGUAAGGAACUAUUCACGAACUUCUCCCCAGGAAAUGAACUUCACUGUUUGGAGGCAACACUGGAGCCUUACUGUUUUCAACCAAGGAUUCUGCAACUGCUGCACUGAAAAUCAUUCAAGGUGCAAUUUAUAAUGAGAACAUAACCAACCCACCCUGCAAACCAGACAGAGCUGGCAGCGUUUCCUCCUGGCAGAGAACUCCACAGUGGGACAGUGCAAGGCUCGCUGCGACAGCGGUGCCCCAGGAAACCUCACUGGGCGCGUCCUACUCUGUUCACGCACGGUGGCUUUGUUGAUAUCUGUCAAAUGCACUUGUCCACCUGCUGCAGAAAGCUGGGCAUGAAUUACAUAGUCAAUGUUAUGUUAAGGCCACAGGUUGAGAAUGUCUGCAAUUGGAAUAAUAGCUUCAGAAGUAUUCAGAUCGCCAGUAAAUGCUUCUUUAUUGUAAACAAUGUAACUUGGAACGUCCAGGCUUGUAUUUGUGUAGGGAGAGUGCUCCUUACAGUAAUGCCAAUAUUUGUCUGCACCCUGAGCUGUAUGAAUUUUGCCUGGGAGUUUUGGAAACGAUUCUGAAGCUCCAGAGAAUGGUAGAUUAUAUUCAUAAAAUAAGGGUGCCACUGACCUUUUAGCAAAAGAGAAUAGAUGUGAAUCAGGGACCUGAGAUUCAUCUAAAGGAACACAGUGGAAACACACAGGAUGAAAGGCUCUAAAGGCUUUACAAAUUAUAUUUGGAUGAGGGAGAGCAGGGAGAAAGAGAAUGUGGGAAAAAGAAGAAUGAAAAAGGAUCCUGCUGUUUAGCUCAUGCAUAAACUGUAUGUGCCUAGCCAAAGGUCACUCCUUUUAUUUUCUCAUUAAUUUCAAUGACGGUAAAUGGUAUAUGAAGAACAAUCUAAAAAUAAGAACAGCCAGAAAUAGCUUAGAGUUUUUGUGUGACAGUGUGGCAGGAAGAAAAGCCUGAACUGAAACUUCAUUCCAGAUCUUUACUUCUGACUUUUGAAAAAGUAGUGACUUAAAGUUAAUUAUUUAAGAUAAACUGUAAAUCUAUUUAGAGAAGUUAAGCAAAAGUUAAGUGGUCUACUUUUUAAUGCAUUUUCCAAUAAAGUUUUUAUACUCUGUGUACACCAAAAUUAA